AUGAACGGUGGGGCAGUAGCAACGGCCAUGCAACAAGCAGCCCACGCUUGCAAAAGUUAUCCGUUGCACGGUUGCAGCAGUAGCAGCAGCAACGGCUCCGUGGGGAUCAAGCUGCAGGCGGGGCAGAGCGCGGGCUCGUCUUCGUCCGAGCAGCAGCAGCAAUGGGUUGCUGCAAAGAGCUGCCCGGGGCCGGCUCAGCCGUCCUCCUCAGCGGUGCGCUGCAAAGGCUCCAAACGGCGCUCGAGCUCGCCGGAGCUGCUGCGCUGCAAGCGGCGCCUGGCGUUCCCAGGCCUGGCAGCGCAGCAGAGCGGCGGCGCGGCAGCCGUGGCGCGGCGCAACGAGCGCGAGAGGAACCGCGUCAAGCUGGUCAACCUGGGCUUCCAGACCUUGCGCCAGCACGUGCCCAACGGCGCCGCCGCCAAGAAGAUGAGCAAAGUGGAGACGCUUCGCUCGGCCGUGGAAUACAUCCGCGCCCUGCAGCAGCUGCUGGACGAGCACGACGCCGUCAGCGCCGCCUUCCAGGACGGGCUCCUACCCCCCGGCGGCCUCCCCGCCGCCGUCGCCGCCGCCUGCGCGGGCGGAGGCAGCGGCAGCUCGUAUUCCUCCGCCUCGCCCUCUUUCGACGGCCGCGACGGCAGCUCGGUGCCCGGCUCACCGCACUCGGCUUAUUCCUCGGACGAGAGCGGCUACGAGGGGGCGCUCAGCCCGGAGGAACAGGAGCUGCUCGAUUUCACCAGCUGGUUCGUGAACUACUGA